AUGUAUUCUUUUCAAAGUGGGCUUCUUCCCUUAAAGAACGAGGUGCCAAAAAUUAGCUUUGUUAGUUUUACCAUAUCGCUUGUCACUAACAAUUAUACUUCAAUGAUGCUCAGAAGCCGGCUUGUUCUUGUCAGGCAGUGGGAACGGAGGUACAGCGAGCUUGUCAAUCCGAAGAUAAUCAAAGAGAGGUUUAAGCUAAACAAAGAAGCUCAACCAAUCAAAGCUCUAUUGAACCGAGGCAAUUCUGAUGCAGUGGUGAUCAACGGGUGGAUAGACAAAAAACCUAGGAGCGUCGGCAAAGGACUGAUAUUUAGCACUCUGAGAGAUACCGAAGGUGAUUUGAUCCAACUUGUUGACCACAAAUCAUUACUAAAAUCGGCUAGUGUUGAGGAUGUUGUUCAGGUUGAAGGGCACUUAGCGCUAAAGGAAAGCAGAGGGGACUCAGACCCCGCACAAUACGAACUCAGGGUCUUGAACAUCAAUACUCUCAAUAAAUCCAGCAAAAAGCCCUCUCAACUUUUAGGUUUCAAAAUUCAAGAGAGCUAUCCGCCGGAAUUCAGAUACCUACAAUUACGGCUCCCUAAGUAUCAGAAUUUUUUGCAGAAGAGACAUCAAAUUGCCCAGAAUAUAAGGGAGCUCUUGAAUCUUCAAGGCUUCCUUGAAGUUGAAACUCCAGUUCUAUUCAAAUCAACUCCUGAAGGGGCUCGCGAAUUUUUGGUUCCGGCGAGAAAUAAACAAGAUGGGAAGCCUACAUUUUAUGCCUUGCCACAGAGCCCACAACAGUACAAACAGCUUCUCAUGGCAAGUGGUAUCCAAAAAUACUACCAGUUUGCUCGGUGUUUUCGUGAUGAGGAUCUUAGGAGCGACAGGCAACCAGAGUUCACUCAGGUUGAUCUGGAAAUGGCGUUCGCGUCUGGCGAUAAGAUAAUGCAUGUUGUCGAAGAUACAAUGGUGAGCACUUGGAAUAAGUUUUCCAGUAGCGAAGCCCUGCAGACGGUUGACAAAAAUGGCCUUUUAGUGGCUGUGACAGGGUCGCAGCCAGUGAGUAGAAUGAGCUACAAAACGGCGAUGACGCACUACGGCAUAGACAAACCUGACCUAAGAUUUCGGGACCUGAAAAUUGUUGACAUGUCAGAAUUCAAAGCGCGGGGCAAGGAGAAUAUAUUGUUUCCUGUUUUUGAAGUUCUUAUUCUCCGAAAUGCUUUCAGCACUGUCGAAGAGUAUCAUAAAAAUUGGGCGUUCCUUUCAAAUGAACACAACUAUAGAUAUAGGACCCCCAUUGUAGUGCCAGUAGAAACAGAGGAAUUGGAAAGAUCAUGGUUUGAAAAGUUUUUGCCAAUUGCAGAUUUUGAAAAUCCCACACUAAUGGCUCGUUUUCUAAAUCUUAAGAAGGGUGACAUUGUAUGUGGGUCCACAAGGCAGCCAACAAGUGCGAUUUUUGAGAACCCUACGCCUUUAGGAAGACUGAGGCAACUUGCGAUUCAAUCACCAUAUGGAAAGAAGCUUUACCAGAAAAGUGAAGGCGCAGUUGCAACUUGGGUGGUUGACUUCCCACUUUUUUCUCCAGUGGAGCGUGAGGUAGUCGGAAAGGAAACAAAACAGCUGUAUCCCGUCUACGAGUCAGAUAAAGUGACAUCAACUCAUCACCCAUUUACUAUGGUUCAGCUGGAUGACUUGGCAAAGCUUUCUAAAGCACCUCUAUCAUGUGCCGGUCAACACUAUGACUUUGUUUUGAAUGGUGUGGAGCUUGGGGGUGGUUCAACUAGAAUUCACGAUCCGGAGCUGCAGAAAUAUGUUUUCAAAGAUAUUCUCAAAAUCAAAGAGCCAGAAAAGUUGUUUGGUCAUCUCCUCACUGCUUUUGAGAAUGGGACGCCUCCACAUGCGGGACUUGCCAUAGGUUUUGAUCGGAUGGUUGCGAUGAUAUGCGGAUCUGAAAACAUUCGAGAUGUUAUCGCAUUCCCCAAAAGUGUUAGCGGUGCUGAUCUGGUAGUGGGUAGCCCAAGUAGCAUCUUAGAAAGUUAG